AUGGGUGACUUAGCUGUAGACCUUACAGCGCCCAGUUGGACAAUAGAAGUUAUCGGUCUAGCUGAUGUAGACGGAAUUUCAUGUGUCUCAGCGGGACUAUCCGGAGGAUACGAAACGACAAAUGGGGCUGCUGCUGCUGCUGCUGCUGCUGCUGCUGCUGCUGCUGCUGCUGCUGCUGCUGCUGCUGCUGCUGCUGCUGCUGCUGCUGCUGCUGCUGCUGCUGCUGCUGCUGCUGCUGCUGCUGCUGCUGCUGCUGCAACUUUAGGGGCAGGCAAAUGCGUCAAGUGGCUUGAGUGA